AUGCGCGAAGAGGAUCAACUCCAGAAUCGAUCAACAAAUAUGCUUGCCUUCAUCACCGCUUCUCUCGCCAUCGGCGUGCUUGGUGUCAAUGCCGGCCCUCAAUGUGCAGGAUCGAAUCCGGAUCCGACUGGCCAAGGGUUUGGAGCAAUCUAUCAUGCCAAGGCAGAAUGGGGCAACAGUAUUGGACAGGCCGCGGUGACCAUCAUGACAGAUAAGCAUACGGGCCUGGAGUGUUCCAAUGCGUGUUGGAUCGAUUAUGAAUGCAAAGGUGUUCAGUGGGAAGAAUCGACCAAGACAUGUACGAAUAUCAACGGUGAAGGAGCAUUCUGGGGUCUGGACGAUGGACCACACAACAACAUGAUCGCCGUCAAGAAUGCGGCCUGCGGGCAAGACAAUUGGGUACACGGGAAAAAUAUGCCUUGUUGCGAGAUCGCCAUGGACAAGCGCAGAGGCACUUGAUCAUCGGUCAAUAACGAGGCUGUCGACUGGUCGAGAGCAGAGGUUUCUACCAUGUGAAUAGUUGCGGCGUCGUGGCGGAUAUGAAUAACAUUAAAAACACAAAAACAACCUGUAGAGGUGUUUGAUCAAAAGCUGUUGUCAGUACGCUUCAGCUCUCUACAGGACAGGCACGUUUGCCACCUCGAUUGGCGAUCAGAGCAGGAGUGUCUUUGGCUCACGGUGACGU